CCUGCCCUGCUCAGUCACUCAGGACUCUUUUGUCUGCGACACCCUGCACACUUGCCCAGUCCACUUCUCAGCCUGUGCCAGAGCUUUCCCACUCCACAUCUUUCCACAAGCCAUUGCCCUCACUCAGGUGACCAUACUUAUCCUGUUGCUGAGUGGGCCUGCCCAUUCUUUGGGCCUAGCUGCCACAUCUCCCAGGACCUUUCCUGGCCAUGCUGUCUCAACCCUAGGCAGAUCGCAAGGGUUUGCCCUGGGUUUGUUCACCUCCCUCCCCUACCGUAUCCAGCUUGAACUCCACCAUUCCUCUCCCACCUCUCUUCCCAGACCAUCACAUUCCACUCAGGAUGGUCUCCCUGAGCUGCACUUGUCCUCAAAGGCUGCAUCUUUAUCCCUCCCUAGCCAGUGCCCAAUCCCUCCCACAGCCCGGGCACUUGCCCACCAUGCUUGUCAUGCCGAGCUGGCAGCCCCUCCCCAGAACACUCCCAUUACCUGGGCAUUUCCUGCUCGGAACCUAUGACAAGGUGCAGAUGUGUUUCUUUGCUCAUGGCUUUUUUGUGUGAGCACCAGGAGGGAAGGGACCUGUGUCUGAAGUGGGGAGUGUACAGUGGACAGACGUUACUGUGAAGAGGUGUGAGGCUUGUUCUGGGCCUGGGCUUCUCACCCUGCCCUCAUCCUCACCACCCCAGCUGCUGUGAAAUGGGUAACAAGAUCUUGGCCCCAGAAACUGGGAGGAGUGCCACAGCUCACCGCCCUGCCAUUCAUGAUUACGCCACCUCUGUCUCAGCCACCCACACAGCACCUUCCAGCCUUGCCCUGCACAGCCCCUCCCACACCCCAAACGCAGCACUGCACUAUGUGGGUUCUCAGGCCCUGGACCCGAUAUGCACUGCUGGUUGUGGCCCACAUGCUAGCCAUGGGGCUAGGAGCUGUGGUACUCCAGGCCCUGGAAGGUCCUCCCACUCUCCAGCUCCAAGCCAAACUCAAGGCUGAGCUAGCUGCCUUCCAGGCAGAGUUUGGGGCCUGCCUGCCACGCGGAGCCCUGGAGGAGCUGCUGGGCACAGCCCUGAGGGCACAAGCCCAUGGAGUCUCUGGCCUGGGCAACAGCUCAGAGGCUAGCAACUGGGACCUGCCCUCAGCCCUGCUUUUCACUGUCAGCAUCCUCACCACUACAGGUUAUGGCCACAUGGCUCCACUCUCUGAAGGUGGAAAGGCCUUCUGUGUGAUCUAUGCGGCUCUCGGGCUGCCAGCUUCCCUAGCACUUGUGGCUGCCCUGCGCCACUGCCUGAUGCCUGUGUUCAGCCACCUGGGUACCUGGGUAGCCAAUCGCUGGCAGCUGGCACUGGACCAGGCUGCACUGUUGCAGGCAACAGGGCUGGGCCUUCUGGUGGCUGGCAUCUUUGUGCUGCUGCCAGCACUGGUGCUGUGGGGUCUACAGGGUGAUCGCAGCCUGCUGGAGACCAUCUACUUCUGCUUUGGCUCACUCAGCACCAUCAGCCUGGGAGACUUGCUGCCCGGCAGUGGCCGAAGCCUGCACCCAGUGAUUUACCAGCUUGGCCAGUUCGCACUUCUUGGUUACUUGCUCCUAGGGCUCCUAGCCAUGCUGCUGGCAGUGGAGACCUUCACAGAGCUGCCACAGGUUUGCGCCGUGGUGAAGUUCUUUGGGGCCAGUACCCCUGUGACUGCUGAGGACCAAGAUGGCAUUAUGAGCCAGGAUGAGCUGGCUCUGAACAACCUGCCUCCUGCCACUCCUGCCUGCGAACAGGCCUGGGCUUGCUAACAAGUGUCAGGUGACUGCAUGCAGCUCCACUGAAGGAAGUGGAGGAUCCUAAGGAGGAAGCAGCCAUGAGCACUUGGAGAAGAAUCUGGAGAUGGCAGGGGGGUGGUGGUAAAGAUGUUAGGGAACAAUGUGUUAAGUUUUUAAAAAGGCAACAAAUCCACUUUGUUUUGUGUCUUUUUUUUUUUUUUU